AUGGAACCCGAUGAUGGCGAAAAUAAACUUUUUCAACGGCCUAUACCAACAAGCGGAUCGCACACGAGGAAGCGGAUGUAAGGAUCUCGACGUGAUGAAAGUCGCGUUAACAGAAUUUAAAGAUAGAUUUCCGAACGGUUUUCAACAUGUCGAGGCGUGGGAGGUCGUUCGAAGACACGAGAAAUGGGCCCAAGUCCCAUUGUUGGGUGAGGAAGGUGAAGGUUCGGCACAUAAAAGAAAGCCCGUUGACGUGGACCCUUCGAUACCGGAUAUGAACGAAGACCCCUCGCCACAAAGACCACAACGGCGAGACAAGCGUCAAGCUACAUCGUCCGAGGGAAGCUCGGCCGAGUUGGCGGCACAAUUCAAAGAGUACACCGCCAUGAAAGAAGCAAAGCAAGCGAUAGAAUUGGAGGCGAUCGAAUUGAGAAAAAAAAGAGAGUCGGAGGCUCGCUAG